GUAUCUAUUGCACUUAAGUAGCGAUAACACGGAUGCCCCUGUUUACACUUUCCGAUGAUGCUAUCACCAGCUGUUGUGGGCGGUAAAAAUACAGAGGGGCAUCGGGAGGGCAAUCGACGUCCGAGCGAGUUGAUUACCCCGUUUGACUUUGGGGGAGGAGCCGGCGACCCCAAUGACUUUGGAUCGUCGUAAUCAGCAGCAAUAUACUGGAAUAGUUGCCGUAAUAAGCUCGGAUAGGCGCCUCUCAGGUGCCCGGCAGUUGCUGUCAAGCGCUUUCAGGGGAAGGAACUAGCCGGAGACACUGCAAAAUGCCGAUCCAACUGGAGGAGGAGAUAUUUGGCCUGGCCGUGAAUCCGUUCACCAAGUCGCCGGAAAUGGUGCGUCGCUACACGCUCAGCAACAGCAAGGGCAUGUCCGUGUCGGUGAUCCAACUGGGGGCCAUCAUCCAGAGUGUCCGCCUGCCGGAUGCCUAUCAUAAGGUUGAUGAUGUCUGCCUGGGAUUCGAGGACAUUGCAUCCUAUUUGGCCACCAAGUCGUCCUACAUUGGUGGAACCCUUGGGCGAGUGGCCAACCGUGUGGCCAAUGGCGAGUACGAGGUGAACGACACGAAGUGCAAGGUGACCAAAAACUUUCAGGACAAGUACCAAUUGCAUGGUGGAUUCGUGGGCUUCGACAGCGUCAUUUGGGAGGUUGUGCAAAAGUCGGACGAGGGUGUGGUCUUCCGGCACAUGUCACCCCACAACCACGAGGGAUAUCCGGGCAACCUGGUGUGCCUGAUUACCUACCAGCUGGACGAGGAGAAUCGACUGUGGGUGCGGUUCGAGGCCACCACGGAUCGUUCGACAAUGGUAAAUAUUUCCAACCACGCCUACUUCAAUCUCGCUGGCCAUGGAACCGGCUCCAAGGCUCUGGCGGAGCACACGGUGGAGAUUGCAUCCAACCAUAUUGUGGAGACGGACGGUGAUCAGAUACCCACGGGACAGCUAGUCAACGUGGAUGGAACUGUCUACGAUCUGCGUCUGCCAGUGCUUCUGGGCGACCGCCUGCGGCAGUUCGAGGAGCGACCCAUUGAGGGUUACGACAACUGCUUUGUGGUCAACGAUGGCCAGCUGCAGAAGACCAUCGCAAAAGUGGCUAAGAUUGUGCAUCCGCCUAGUUGCCGGGUCCUCGAGGUGUGGACCAAUCAGCCGGGUAUGCAGUUCUACACGGCGAACAAUCUGCCGGACGUGAAGAACGGCGAAGCACCCAUUAUCGGCAAGGAUUGCACUCACUAUAUCAAACACGGUUCUUUCUGCGUGGAGACCGAGAAAUUCCCCGACUCUAUGAACCAUCCGGAUUUCCCAUCGAUCCGUCUGGAUGCGGGUGAGAAUUACAGACACGAGGCUAUGUACUGGUUCAAGGUCGAGGAGUCCUGGAAAUGUUGCUGCAAUAACACUGCCUGAACGUAAUGACGAUCUCUAGUAAAUAAAGCCAAAUUCCUGUCCCAAAAAAAAAAAAAA